AUGGAGAGAUCCUACACUUCAUCUGCGCCAUCGAUGGAAAUCGACAUGAUGGCUCAGUUUCUUGGAGCUGAUGAUCACUGCUUCAACUAUGAGUAUGAGCAUGUGGAUGAGUCCAUGGAAGCAAUAGCAGCUCUGUUCUUGCCCACCCUUGAGACUGAAUCCAACUCCUCCUCUAGCUGUCUCAACUAUGAUGUCCCUCCACAAUGCUGGCCUCAGCCAGACCAUAGUUCUAGUGUUACCAGUUUGCUUGAUCCAAACGAGAACUUUGAGAGCUUUGAGUUUCCAGUUAUUGAUUCGUUCCCCACAAGCGGCUUCGAUUCGCAUUGUGCUAUCCCCUACCUUACUGAGGAUCCGAGCUCUCUACAUGGCAAACGUUCAUCAGUCAUAGAGGAAGAAGCAGCCAGCGAUACACCUGCUACUAAGAAGAGGAAGGCUAGUGCUACUGCUACCACGAAGGGAUCAAAGAAAUCCAAGAAGGCGAGCAAAAAGGAUUGUACUGGCAUCGAGGAUGGCGGCGAUGCCUAUGUUGACACGCAAAGCUCUAGUAGCUGCACCUCCGAGGAGGGAAAUUUUGAAGUAAAUACGAAUUCAAGCUUGAAGAAGACCUGCACCAGGGCCAACCGCGGAGCAGCAACUGAUCCUCAGAGUCUCUAUGCAAGGAAGAGGAGAGAGAGGAUCAAUGAAAGGCUGAGAGUCUUGCAGAACUUGGUUCCCAAUGGAACAAAAGUUGACAUUAGUACGAUGCUCGAGGAAGCAGCACAGUAUGUCAAAUUUUUACAGCUUCAGAUUAAGCUGUUGAGCUCUGACGACAUGUGGAUGUAUGCGCCAAUCGCGUACAAUGGGAUUAACAUCAGCAAUGUUGAUCUGAACAUCCCUUCUCUGCAAAAGUAA